AGUGAGGACAUGGACAAGAAAAAUGCAACUUUGCUGACAGAAUUUAUUCUCACAGGACUUACCUAUCAACCUCAGUGGCAAAUCCCCCUGUUCCUGGGGUUCUUGUUGAUAUAUCUCCUGACUAUUUUUGGGAACCUGGGACUUAUUGCCCUCAUUUGGAGUGACUCUCACCUUCACAUCCCUAUGUACUUGUUCCUUGGGAGUUUAGCCUUUGUUGAUGCUUGGAUUUCAUCUACAGUGACUCCAAAGAUGCUGGUCAACUUGUUAGCCAAGAAUAAGAUGAUAUCUCUCUCUGAAUGUAUGAUACAAUUUCUUUCCUUUGCAUUUGGUGGAACUACUGAAUGUUUCCUGCUGGCAACAAUGGCUUAUGAUCGCUUUGUAGCCAUAUGCAAACCAUUGCUUUAUCCAGUGAUUAUGACAAAUAGACUGUGCAUUCGGCUAAUAGCCUUGUCAUUUGUAAGUGGUUUUGUUCAUGCUUUAAUUCAUGAAGGGUUUUUAUUCCGAUUGACCUUCUGUCAUUCCAACAUAUUACAUCACUUUUACUGUGACAUUAUUCCUUUAUUUAAGAUUUCCUGUACUGAUCCUUCUAUUAAUUUUCUAAUGGUUUUCAUUUUGUCUGGUUCAAUUCAAGUGUUCACCAUUGUGACAGUUCUUGUCUCUUAUACAUUUAUUCUCUCUACAGUCCUAAAAAAGAAGUCUGAAAAGAGCAUGAGGAAAGCCUUCUCCACCUGUGGAGCCCACCUCUUGUCUGUUUCUCUGUAUUUUGGCCCUCUUCUCUUCAUGUAUGUGUGCCCUGCAUCUCAACAAACAGAUGAUCAAGAUAUGAUGGACUCUUUAUUUUAUACAAUCAUAAUUCCUGUGUUAAAUCCCAUUAUCUACAGUCUGAGAAAUAAGAAAGUCAUAGCCUCACUGUCACAAAUAUUACAUAGAUACAUACACUAG